GCUCCCUUUUUGUUCCUUUUCUAUUUGCAAAAGAUCUAUCUCCCUGUUUUGUAAUACAUCUCUCUAUAUUUAUUCUCAUUAAAUUAUUUAUACUUUGAGUUUCCCAUUUAAGAAAAACCAUGUAAUAUUUAAGCAUGCAUGUCUAAUUUACGUUACUUCUCGAAGUUUAGUUAUUCUUUCAGAGGUACCUAGAAAAGAGAAAUUUCAGGGGUUUUUUGCAAAGAUGUAUUUAUUUUAUUCUUAUACAAUGAAUUAUAUAUUAGCUGGCAUAUCAUUCAGGCUCUGCCAAACCAACUCAAAAUUUUCUGGCAUAAAAUACUUAUUUUAUUUUAACUGUGUUUUCUUGUUUCAUUUCCGGCAUCUGGAUAUUUAUUUUUAAUCUUUGAAUUUGAUCUUUUUAUUGUAUCUUACUCAUUUUUGUUUUUUUGUCUUUGAUGAGGAAGUAGCCACAUUAGCAUAGUCUGGCAAUUCACAGGAAUCUUGCUGUUACAUUUUAAAGUCACACUGUAUUAUUUUGAAGCAGAUGAUAAUUUCAACUUUUUAAGUUUUAUACGGAGUACACUAGAAAACUGCAAAAAUAUUCAAGAAGUUAUAAUUAUGUAUUAUAGACAAUACUUUCAGAUGACUGAAUACAUCUUUGUCUGCAGUUUUCACUGUUGACUAAAAGGCUAACUACCCAAGCUUCUUAUAUUAAUAAUAAGUAGUUAAUUUCUAUGAAGGAAAACACCCCGCAAAAAUAUAACAUAUAUUGAUUCAAUCAAACAUCUGAAAAAGAUACAUGAUAGGAAAGAUUAGUGGCCAGAAAUACUGUGGAAUGAGGAAGGAGUUGAGAUUUCCCAGCAUUCUUAUUUAAGCUUUCUGCACAGGGAUUGACAUCCAGCAUAACAGGUAGUCACACGUUACAUUUUGACUCCAGCUGAAGCUGAGAAGAUAGUUAACGAGAGCAGUAUCUAAUUCUCUCAAACCCAGUGAUCCUUGUGUGGCACCUCUAACUCUUAACUAUAUAGCUUAUGAUGAUAUGUAAUUACAAUUGAUUGUGAUGUUCUUGCUGAAAUAAGGCAAGAAGAGAACCCUGUGUAAUAGACCUGCCCCAAGAUAGAAGAGAAGAAAUAAAAAAUAGGUAGAAAGGGAACAAGGAAAAUUGUAAUUUUCAAAUGGUAAUUUUAAGAAAAAAUGCAGCUUCGGAAACAAAAGUUACUCCAGCCUUUUUCCCUUUCAGGAACCAUAAAAAAAAUCCUAAGCGUCUUUAGGACACAAUAAACCUGUAAAUUGUGGUCUGGGCCCAUGAUUUUCACCUAUAAAUUGCCCGUCCUUCUACAGACCUCCAUCCUCAAGGACGCAGCAAUAUUAGUGGGUAGCAUAUCUCAACCUAAAACACACAUAAAUGAUUUGUAUUCUAAUAUAGCCUGCCAGUGAGUAACCUGACAGGGGGAAUAUACAUCCUAGAACACUCAUCUUAAAGAAACCCCUAAGACCACGUGCAUAGUCCUAGCUCCAGACCCUAAUGUUCCUCUCAUGAUCUUGUACUCUAUUUUCUGAGUGUAUGCCUUUAAAAUUCUGCCUAGUAAACCUCUUUAUGCCUCUCAUGACACAUCUUGAAAAUUCUUUUUCUGUGACAGAAGUCAGCAACACUACAAUCUACCCGCCAGGUGGGGUGAGUUGGGUUCCACAUCCUCUUCUUGGAGGACCUCCUCAGCCCCUGCCCAGUGAUUUUCUUUUAUUAAUUCAAAGCUGGUGAAUGUAAGCAGAAAACAUAAAAUCAUAUUCAGGCACUGAACAAAUUACCAUUAAUAAAGUGAAUGAAAUAGCAAAAUUAUUAUGAAAUUGAGCAAUAGACAUGUCAAUUUGUGACCAGAUGGUGGGUCUCAGGGGAAUUCUUUCCAGGUUGUUGGUGCCCUAAACAAAAACUUGGAUAAGACACACAGAAAAGGUAGUGGGGAUGUACAUUUAUUAAAAGUGGAAAAGAAGGUCUCUCUGCAGAAUGAGAGCAGGCUGGUGAACAGACUCACAGCCACAACAAGGGUAAGGAAAAGGGGUCUUUUGUAUCUGGAAUUCUUGGAUUGGCUUCUCCCUUGUGCAAAUAAGACAGUGGGGCAGGUGUCCUACCAAAAACUCACUUGGCCUGGCAUCAAGUUUAAACUGCCCUGUGGAAAGACUUGCUUAACUUCAUGCCAGUUGUAAAUAAAACACUGAAAGUAACAUUUUCUGAUUGGUUCUGUAUACUGUGCUCAGGAGCUGCUGAGUCAUCAUGGAUCCUGUGUUUGGCACAUGUGUCCUGGGUCUCCAUGAAUUUGGCAGAUUUUUGCUGGUCAAAAUGAGCAAGAGACACAUAUGCGUGCAUCAACAAAUGUGGACUCUUCUCUGCAAGAACUGCCUUAAAAAGUGGAGAAUGAAAAGAGAGACCAUGUUGGAAUGGCUUUUAUCAUUUCUUCUAGUACUGUUUGCAUUCCUAUUUUCUUCCAAUUUACAUCAAGUCAAUGACUCUUCCCAAAUACCUGCGAUGGAUCUAGGACGUGUAGAUAGUUUCAAUGAUUCUAAUUAUAUUAUUGCAUUCGCACCCGAAUCCAAAACCACCCAAGAGAUAAUGAGCAAGGUAGCUUCAGCUCCAUUCAUGAAAGGAAGGACAAUCAUGGGAUGGCCUGAUGAAAAGAGCAUGACUGAACUGAAUUUAAAUUAUUCAACAGAUGCAGUGAGAGUUAUCUUUAAUGAUAUGUUCUCAUAUCAUUUGAAAUUUUCUUGGGGACAUAGAAUCCCUAAGAUCAAGGAACACAAAGACCAUUCAGCUCAUUGUCAAGCAGUGGAUGAAAAAAUCACAUGUGAAAGUUCAAUGUUUUGGGAGAAAGGUUUUGUAGCUUUUCAAGCUGCCAUUAAUGCUGCUAUCAUAGAAAUCGCAGUGAAUCAUUCAAUAAUGGAAGAGCUGAUGUCAAUUACUGGUGUAAAUAUGAAGAUACUGCCUUUUAUUGCUCAAGGAGGAAUUACAACUGAUUUUUUCAUUUUCUUCUGCAUUAUUUCUUUUUCUUCAUUUAUAUAUCAUUUGUCAGUCAAUGUUACACAAGAAAGACAAUACAUUAAAUCACUGAUGACAAUGAUGGGACUUCGAGAAUCAGCAUUCUGGCUUUCCUGGGGCUUCAUGUAUGCUGGCUUCAUCCUUGUCAUGGCUGUUUUGAUGGCUCUUAUUGUAAAAUCUACCCAAAUUGUUGCGUUAACUGGCUUCAUGGUGGUCUUCAUUCUCUUUUUCCUCUAUGGCUUGUCUUUGAUAACUUUGGCUUUCUUGAUGAGCAUGUUGAUAAAGAAACCUCACCUCACUGGUUUGGCCGUAUUUCUGCUUAUCAUUUUUUGGGGCAGCCUGGGAUUCACUGCCUUGUACAGACAUCUUCCUGCAUUUUUGGAAUGGAUCUUAUGUCUUCUUAGUCCAUUUGCUUUCACUGCUGGAAUGGCCCAGCUUAUACAUUUGGACUAUGAUGUGAAUUCUAAUGUCCAUUUGGAUGCUUCAAACAACUCAUUCAUAAUAAUAGCUACUCUUUUUAUGCUGGUUUUUGACGCUCUUCUCUAUUUGAUAUUGACAUUAUAUUUUGACAAAAUUUUGCCCACCCAAUAUGGACAGCGACAUUCUGCCAUGUUUUUCCUAAAGUCCCCUUUUUGGUGUAAAUAUCAAAGAACUGAUCAUGCGGUACUUGAGAAUGAAAUAGAAUCUGAUCCUUCAUCCAAUGACUCCUUCGAACUAGUGCCUGCAGAAUUCCAUGGAAAAGAAGCCAUCAGAAUCAAAAACCUUAAAAAAGAAUAUAAAGGACAGUGUGAAAAAGUAGAAGCUUUGAAAGGUCUGGUACUUGACAUAUAUGAAGGCCAGAUCACUGUCCUCCUUGGUCACAGCGGAGCUGGGAAAACCACCUUGUUAAACCUGCUUAGUGGACUGUCACUCCCAACAUCAGGUUCUAUCACUAUCUAUAAUCACACACUUUCAGAAAUGGCUGACUUUGAAACUGUCAGCAAGCUCAUCGGAGUUUGUCCACAGUCCAAUGUACAAUUUGGCUUUCUCACCGUGAAAGAAAAUCUCAGGUUGUUUGCUAAAGUAAGAGGGAUUUUGCCACAUGAAGUGGAACAAGAGGUACAGCAAAUUCUACGGUACUUAGAGAUGGAAAAUAUUCAGGACAUUCUUGCUGAAAAUUUAAGUGGUGGUCAAAAAAGGAAACUAACUUUUGGGAUUGCCAUUUUAGGAGAUCCUCAGGUUUUGCUAUUGGAUGAACUAACUGCUGGAUUGGAUCCUCUUUCAAGGCACCACUUAUGGAAUUUCCUGAAAGAGAGGAAAUCAGACAGAGUAAUUCUCUUCAGUACCCAGUUUAUGGAUGAGGCUGAUAUCUUAGCUGAUAGGAAGGUAUUGAUAUCCCAUGGCAGGCUGAAGUGCGCUGGUUCUUCUCUGUUCCUGAAGAAGAGGUGGGGUAUUGGCUACCAUUUAAGUUUGCAUCUGAAUGAAAUGUGUGAUCCAAAGAGUGUCACGUCACUGGUUAAACAGCACAUCCCUGAUGCCAAAUUAACAGAGCAAAGUGAAGAAAAACUUGUUUAUAUUUUGCCUUUGGAAAGGACAAACAAAUUUCCAGACCUUUACAGGGAUCUUGAUAGAUGUCCUAACAAAGGCAUUGAGAAUUAUGGUGUUUCCAUGACAACUUUGAAUGAGGUGUUCCUGAAGUUAGAAGGAAAAUCAACUAUUGAUGAAUCAGAUAUUGCAAGUUGGGGACAAUCACAAAGUGAUGAGAUAAAAGACAUGGCAAGCCUUGUUGUGCUGGAACAAGUUUUGUCGUCCCUCCAUGUAAAAAGGAAAAUAGCAGGUGGCAUGGCACUCUGGAGGCAGCAGCUCUGUGCAAUAGCAAAAGUUCGCUUUCUGAAGUUAAAGAAUGAAAGAAAAAGCCUGUUGGCCAUAUUAUUGCUUUUUGGGAUUAGCUUUUUCCCUCAACUCCUGGAACACUUAUUCUAUGAAUUAUAUCAAAAAAGUUACUCUUGGGAGCUAUCUCCAAAUAUAUACUUCCUCUCACCAGGACAACCUCCACAGGAUCCUCUGACUCAUUUACUGGUCAUCAAUAAAACAGGAUCCAGCAUUGAUAACUUUAUACAAGCACUGGGGCGACAGAACAUAGCGUUGGAAGUGGAUGCCUUUGGAAUUAGAAAUGGCACAGAGGAGCUGUCUUACAAUGGAGCCAUCACAGUGUCAAGGGAUAAAGAGGAUCACAGAUUUUCAAUAGCCUGUAAUACUAAGAGGCUAAAUUGUUUUCCUGUCCUCAUUGAUAUUAUCAGCAAUGGGUUACUUGGAACAUUUAAUUCUACAGAACACAUUCAGACAGAUAGAAGCACAUUUUUUGCAGAACAUAUGUCUUAUGACUAUGGGUACCUGAGCAGCGCCUUCUUCUGGAUACCACUGGCUGCCUGUUUCACUCCUUACAUUGCCAUGAGCAGCAUUGACGACACUAAAAAAAAAGUUCACUCCCAGCUAUGGAUUUCAGGCCUGUAUCCUUCAGCUUACUGGUUUGGACAGGCACUGGUGGAUAUUCCCCUCUACUUUUUGAUUCUCCUUCUGAUGCAAAUAAUGGAUUAUGUUUUUAGCCCAGAAGAGAUUAUAUUCAUAAUUCAAAACCUGUUAAUCCAGAUCCUGUGUAGCAUUGGAUAUGUCUCAUCUCUUGUUUUCUUGACAUAUGUGAUUUCAUUUAUUUUUCGCAAUGGCAGAAAAAAUAGUGGCAUUUGGUCAUUUUUCUUCUUAACUGUCACCAUCUUCACAAUAGUUGCUACUGAUCUAAGUGAAUAUGGAUUUCUGAGGCUAUUUUUCUGCACUAUAUUAAUACCACCCUUCACACUGAUUGGUUCUCUAUCCAUGUUUUCUGAGAUUUCUUAUGACUCUGCAGAUUACUUAGGAACUUCAGAAUCUCAAGUAGUAUUUCUGGCAUUGCUAAUACCUUACUUCCAGUUUUUCAUUUUCCUUUUUGUUCUACGAUGUCUGGAAGGACACAUUAGGAAGAAAUCGUUGCAAAAGGACCCUGUGUUCAGAAUUUCUCCAAGAAGCAGUGAUGUUUUUCCAAACCCAGAAGAACCUGAAGGAGAAGAUGAAGAUGUUAACAUGGAAAGAGUAAGAACAACAAAUGCUAUGGCCGUCUUGGAUGAGGAAGAGAAACCAGUUAUCACUGCCAGCUGUCUCCGGAAGGAAUAUGCAGGCAAAAAGAAAAAUUGCUUUUCCAGAGGGAAGAAAAAAAUUGCCACAAGAAACGUCUCUUUCUGUGUUAAAAAAGGUGAAGUUGUAGGGCUUUUGGGACACAACGGAGCUGGUAAAAGUACAAUGAUUAAAAUGAUAACUGGAGAUAUAAAACCAACUGCAGGGCAGGUGAUUUUGAAAAGGAGCAGUGAAGGGGACACCCAGGAGUUCUUGGGGUACUGUCCUCAGGAGAAUGUGCUGUGGCCCAACCUGACAGUGAGGGAACACCUGGAAGUAUAUGCUGCUGUGAAAGGGCUGAAGAAAAGGGAUGCCACGGUCACCAUUACACAGUUGGUGGAAGCCCUCAAGCUGCAGGACCAGCUGAAGACACCUGUGAAGACCUUGUCAGAGGGAAUAAAGAGAAAGCUGUGCUUUGUGCUGAGCAUCCUGGGAAACCCAUCAGUGGUGCUUCUGGAUGAGCCAUCCACUGGGAUGGACCCCGAGGGCCAGCAGCAGAUGUGGCAGGCAAUCAGGGCCACCUUUAGACACGCGGAGAGGGGCGCCCUCCUGACGACCCAUUACAUGGCGGAGGCCGAGGCUGUUUGUGAUCGCAUAGCCAUCAUGGUGUCCGGGAGGCUGAGGUGUAUCGGUUCCACCCAACACCUAAAGAGUAAAUUUGGCAAAGACUACCUGCUGGAGAUGAAGGUGAGGACCCUCACGCAGGUGGAGCCCCUCCAUGAAGAGAUCCUGAGGCUCUUCCCCCAGGCUGCUAGGCAGGAAAGGUACUCCUCUCUGAUGGUCUACAAGUUGCCUGUUGAAGAUGUACAACCUUUAUCACAGACUUUCUCCAAAUUAGAGAUCGUUAAACAGAGCUUUGACCUGGAGGAGUACAGCCUCUCGCAGUCCACCCUGGAGCAGCUUUUCCUGGAGCUCUCCAAAGAGCAGGAACUGUAUGACUUUGAAGAGGAACUGGAUCCCUCUGUGAAGUGGAAGCUCCUCCCACAGGAGGAGCCCUAAAGCUUCAUGCUCUGCUUCUCUUAAAGCUCAUGACACUUUUUACGACAAUGUUCUAUGGCACUACUAGGCCUUAUCUCAGAUAUGGCACAAAUUACUUUUGAAACUCAUGUGCUAAUUUUUUUCAAUAAUAUAGUGGGGCUGGUGGAUAAAGUUAGGGCACUGAAGCCUGAGAUUAGACCAUGCCACCCAGCCACAUCCCAUUUUAUAGGGUUAUUUAAACCAGCAUUCAUGAUAUAUUUGUUUAUGUGUCUGAGGAUGAUACAAAGACCACUUACUUUUCUUUCCAUGAACUUAAAAUAUUGAAUAUUUUCUUAUCUUUUUUGUUAAGUGUACAAUCAGACAUAAUACUGACAUUAAGGGAAAGAGAUUACCUAAUGGCACAGAUUUUGCUUUUUGUAAUUUUCAUUUUUUUAAGCAGUUCUUAGUUCUCUGAUUCUUUUUUUAAAUCAUUUUCAGAUUUUAGCUUGUAGAAUAUUGUUUUUUCUAUUGUGACUAUGAAAGGAAUUUGAAAUCUGUUAAGAUACAUGUUUGCAAUAUAAAUUUGAAUGUUCCAAGUUAAUGGGACAUAUUAUGAUGUAUUGUUACGUGCAAACUUGAAACCUUCCAUAUAUAUAUAUAUAUGAGAUGAAAGGUUGUACUUUUCUGUUACAGACUAAAACUUCAUUAUUUCAUUGGUCUUAAUUUACCAUACCUAUAUAUAGUAUGACCUAUACCACUAACCCUAAGCCUAACCAUGUAAUACCUUAAAAUGUGUUACACCUGACCAUGUAACACCUUGAAAUCAAUACAAUAAAUUGUACAUUUAAUGUAGUACCA